UGGAAGCAAAGGGGAAAAACUUUACGUGCUAAGCAUGCUAAGUGGAAGCAAAGGGGAAAAACUUUACGUGCAAAGCAUGUCAAGUGGAAAGCAAGAUUUCGAAAUUCUCAUGCUAAGCAUGCUAAGUGGAAACAAAGAUUUAGACUCAUACAACCCCAAAUUAAUCAACCUUUAGCAAAUAUGGCAACAUCAAGUGCACAAGCUAUGCAGAUCAUUGGAUCUGAAUUUUCAAAAAUACCGAGUUUCGUUGGUCAAGAAACACCAGAUGAUUAUAUCAGAACAAUCAAUACUACUUUAGGACCAGUACUUGGAUUGACUACUGAUGGACAAGUAAUGGCUGGUGAUCGCGGAAAUGCUAGUAUUAAUCCAACUUUACAUCUUGAUUUAUUGAAAGCUAAAAUGGGUGGGAAGUUUUCAACAGUACCAGAUACUAUUCCAGGAGAUUACCCAGUUAAUCAUGGUGUGAAUAUUACAACAGUUGAUUUAUUCACCGACUGGCUUAAUGAGAAAUUCAAAAGAGAAACUAUUGGUACUACGCAAUCGGCUUUUAUUG